UGACGCGAUGAAUAAACGUUGGUUCAACAAUGAUGCAUGCAUUUCAAAUUACUGCCCAUGGAGGAAGUACACGCAUCUGACUCAAAACCGACUACAAACCCGACUUUGAUACAUUGAUCCUUCCAUGUUCAUCAUCAUAUGUGAAAAUGUGAAUUAUCAACGCUUGAUCAAAUAAGCACUGCCGUACUUAUUAAUGGACUUGAUUCAAGAUAAUAGAGGAAUCGGGCUCGUGUGUGGAUAUUGCCUUUUUAUAUGAUGCCCAGACAAGAUGGCAAGGUUGCCAUAGUGACAGGAGGAGGCAGGGGAAUCGGCUAUGAGGUAGUCCGCCACAUGGCCAGGCUGGGGGCACAUGUUAUCAUAGCUGGGAGGGAUGAGCAGGAGGGUCUGGCAGCCGUCAGAAGGAUCUGUGAAGAGUACAAAGAGGCCAAAGUGGAGUUCAAUACACUGGACCUAGCCUCUUUGCAGUCUGUCCGUCAGUUUGUCCAAAGCUUCAAGAAGCGGGACCUGCCGCUAAACAUCCUGGUAAAUAAUGCGGGCGUCAUGCUGGUUCCUGAGGGCCGUACUGAAGAUGGAUUUGAGCAGCACUUUGGGGUGAACUACUUAGGCCACUUCCUGUUGACCUGGCUACUCCUGGAUGCACUGAAGGAUUCUGGGAAAUGUGGUCACUUCUCUCGUGUGGUCAAUGUCUCCUCCUCUGCCCACUGCAUUGGCAAGAUCAGACUAAAUGAUUUAAAUAGCUGCCAGUGUUAUUCAGCCCAUGCUGCUUAUUGUCACAGUAAGCUGGCCCAGCUGUUAUUUAGCUCCCAUCUCCACCAGGAGCUGCAGCAUGGAGGUUCCCCAGUGAGUUCAUGUGCUGUGGAUCCUGGCAUGGUGGAUACAGCUCUGUACCGCCACCUCUGGAUGCCCCUCCGUCUGGCACACAGCACCGUUGCUCACCUACUUUUGAGGACUCCUGCAGAGGGGGCUGCCACAGUGCUGUAUGCCGCCCUAUCACCGGCCCUGGAGGGGGAGUUUGGAGGAGGCUACUGGGCCAAUGGUUGCAGGGAGAUGACAACACCGCCGACCUUUGACCCCCAGCUUCAGCUGAGCCUAUGGGAGACCAGCCUCCAGUUACUAGGCCUGUAGUAGCAUCGGACUAAAGGACAACCAACAGGACUCCACCCUGAAGAAAACAUCAGAUACAGACCCUGAACUCGGGCCAGCCAGCCACCUUCCUUCUCCUCCUUCCUUUUUUCUCAGUAUUUUUUCUCUGUCCAUACCUCACAUCGAGGUGUUUGUAGCGCUUUAUGUUGACAGUGUCACAAUCCACCGCUGGACUGUGAUUGGUUAUUUGGCAAGAAAAGACCUCCUUUUGGUUCCAGACCCGCCAAAAAAGGGCUACUGGUCAUGGAAGACAUUUUUUUUGUUUUUCACUGUGAGCAAGCAAACAUACGUAUGCGUACAAACACACUCUAGGGUUACACUGAUACAUGAUUCUACUGUCAUAUAUGCUGGGCAAAUGCCGACAUCAGUUGUCAAUUCUACGAUCAUAGCUAACCUCAGAUGUCUAGCCAGAGAAAUCAUUUCAGUGUUGUAUUCAACAACCUGCUAUGGCACCUCCUCCACUCUGCCUUAAUGUCACUAGUCUGGCUUUCAAUUAAGAGUUUCACUGUCCACAGUAAACUAAAUGCUCUUUCAGAGGCUUUUCCAUACAAAUAUAAAAUUCGAGGUAUGAAAAUAGGCUGAAUUUUGGCACAGCAUACUGGCUGUAAAAUCACGUCAGUCAAACCCUAGCACACGCUCUCACACACACACACACACACACGCACACACACGCACACACACGCACACACACGCACAUUCAUGCACCAUGACAAUGAUCAGAAUCUCCAAAUCUGAACCCGCCUUGCUGUGGCGGGGGAAUGUGAUGUCAUGACUUUGCUUUGACACAUCACAGUGAUUUCCCAGCUCGUCUUGCCAUCCCGGCCGUUUUACUGGGAGCUCCUUGUUCUUUUGGUACGUUCUUGUGCUUUUGCUGGUUACUACUGUACUGAAUCCUCAUGUUAACUGCUGGUUGUAGUUGUAUGAUAAGCUGUGUUUCAAAAAAAAAAAAAAAAAAAAAGGUGACUUCUGCUGUUCUCAUGAAGAUGCUGGGAAAACGUUAUCAACUCCUCCAUCCUCCAUCUCUCUCUACCGCUCUAAAAUCCAACAAAAGACACUCCUUUGGACUGAUGGAGGGAUUUGGGAAGACAGUGAAAAAAAGAAGAGAUCCCAUGUAAAAGUAGGGCCAAAUGUAGAGCGAUUCCCCUCUAUAGACUGGAGGGUGAUGGGACAUUUGUUUUCAUUCUGGGGAAUUUUCUCGCUGUUGACAUUUUCUGAAGCCAGGAUUUCCAGACGUUUCUGUUUGCUUUUGUCUGCUCAGAAACAAAAAGGGAAGGAUGGGGAACCAACCUCCUCUUCAAUCUGUCCCGGUUUUCCUUUGUGAUCUGUGUUAAUCGGUUUUACUGUGCCUGUGAUACGUGUGUGUGUGUGUGUGUGUGUGCGCGCUUUAUUACGCAUGAGUUAAGAAUUAACUCUUGCUAUAGACCCAAUUCAUGUUAAUGGAUAGCACAACAAUGGCCAGUCCAGAAGGAACAGCAACGGACAGGAGAGAGAGGGAAAGCACUUUUUUUUUUUCAACAUUCAAUCUGUGAUUGGUUCCUCAUUGCUGCUGCUGGUGCUGCUUCCUCAUUUGGCGCCGCUCCCAGUGCAUUGUGGGAUUGAGAUUUCCCAGUGGUGAGAAUCAAACUCCAUCUGCUAAGCUGACACACACUCACUCUCAAACAUUGGAAGCAGUACAUCCAGGCACAGGCUUAUCUAAACAAGCAUACAGCAAACAAAUACGUCUGUCUCUCAUUCAGGAAAAUACUCUCAUACUCUCAUACACGCACACAUACACACAGCCAUAACGCCAUCGCCACUGUGAUUAACCAUUUUAGCUGUGAAGAUUAAAAGUUUUAUCUCAAAUUGACAAGUUUUGGCUAAAAGUCCUUCCCCACAUGCUCUCCCAUAGCUGUAUGUGUAUAUUGUUGCUUUGAAUACUGCCACUGAGCAUCCAGUAUUCGUUAUUAUCUGCCGUAUGUGAAGCAAUAGUAUCACUGUGGUACUGUACCUAAUUCAGCCAGUAGCGCAGAGCCAGACAUUCAGACUAGGAAAAGAGUCCAAGACUGUGAAAGUGUAUAAAUGGAAAAGAAACCAGCUUCAGGUUACUCAUAUAUCAGGAAUUCUAAAUUUCUUUGUUUUCAUGUAGACAUGGGUUAGACAAUGAAGACAUUAAAGUGCACUGUUUUGAAUAGAUGAAUUUAUUUAGCUGUAUUAAAAAAAAAAAAUAUAUAUAUAUAUAUAUAUAUAUAUAUAUGCCAGUUCAGGAGCUGGAUCCUCUGAAGGAUGCAGCCCACAAAAGUCUGGUCCUCAGAAGACCUGAAUUGGUCUUGACUGAAAGACCUUGGCUGAGGUGAGGCAUGUAUGUUUGUUUGGUUUUCAGGCACUUAAGUAUUAUCUAGCAAUCUAUAAGUCGGAACUUGGUAAUCAUGAUAUCAACUCUGAUAUGACGACAUAAAGGCAGAAUAACUCUAGGAAAACACAUUACAGCUUGGGUUGGCUGUGAUUGGUUUCCAUUAUAGAGUGACUGAAAUGUUUCCAAUCAGGCCCGUGUUUUUCAAGUGGAAAACAAAAUAAUUUGAUAGAGAGGAGCUGAUUCUAGUCGACCAAUCAAGGCUCAGUGUGUUGAGGACUUUAAUUCGGUUAAAUAAAUUCAGUUCAGCCUUUAAUGUCAUUGGAUUAUUUUGACAAAAUAUCGCAAUCCAGAACCUCACUGUAUUUGAAAAGGAAAUCCAGCUGAAUAAAAUGAGAUGUUUGAAAUUCAACUUUAAAGCAAACAUUUCCUGAGUUUGUUUUUUUUUUUUUUAUAGUGUAGCAGUUGUGUGGAAAAUGACUCUAAAUGCCAGCAAUACUCCUCAGUUUUCAAGUAUUUUUUUCUUCUACUCAGUGUUGGAAACAAAGUGUUAAUUGCCUCAGUGCUUCCUUGUUUGACUGUGUGGUUCCUCGAGGCUACUGUACUGACGAAACAACAGAACAGACAACUAAACCUAGUCCCGGUGAAACAAAUGUUCUCCCUUCACACAAAUGAAAACACCAGCUUACCACUCAGCAGCGCUCAUUUAAAAAAGGACAAGGCUACAGUAUGAGCUACAUCCUGUCUAAGAGCUAGCGUGUUUUUCACAGUCCAGCGGCUACAGUAGAUGUAUCAAAACCUGAGAGGGAGAACGUCUGAGCACAAGAUUUUCCAAAGACGAGGUGAGGCGGAGUGUGGAGGUCUGUCUUGGUGUUCUUGUUGUGUCAGUGUGCAGAGGGGGCUGCUAAAUUAUCAAUGAUUACCUUGUUAUAUAUUUAGCAUACUCCUGAAGCGUUCUACACAGACAGGACAACACAGUGAACUUUCUGAACUUGAGUUGCAAGUAUAGAAAAAGAGCAAAAACAGCUCAAGUAACUGUCUGUGAUAUCGUCUGUAUGUGAUUUACUCGUAUAUGAUCAUUUUAAAGUGUUGUCACCGCUGGACGUGGACCAGUGGAGCUGUAUGUAGACUGAAAAUGCUCUAAUAGCCAUUAUUCUGACUGACCUGGGAUUACAUUUAUAUUAAAUGUUCUGGUCCCAAGUUCUGCAAAUCCUAAAUGUGUAUAUGUAUAGGAAGAGAUAAUAAAGAUGUAUACAGGGGGUAACCAGAUGAACUGAGUCUUUACUCUGGUGGCAGGACCAGCUCCAACACAUGCAGACAUUUUUCUGUCCUCACAUUUAGGCUAAUGCAUAUACCUGUAUAUCAUUUUCUCAUUUGGUUUGAGUGAGACUUUUCACUUGAGUCCCUGCGGGCUGCAAAUAGAGGACAUUCCCACCUCAAAUCCAGUGUAAACAUUCAGUCCAUCUGGGCCCCUGAGGAUUCAUGAAACGUGCAAAAUGUUUUAUUUUUGUCAUUAUUUUGUUGUUGUAGGAAUACACAUUUUAUUGCUUUUGCUGUGCCUAUGAAGAAAAUCUCCCUCAUAUAUGUGUAACUGUGAAUUUUCCAUGUAGAAAUGAGCUUGUAGAAACUGUGAUACUGUCUUGUCCUGUGCAUUGCUGUAAGUUUUUUCUUCUCUUUGGAGUGAAGGGAAUGGAGAUGAGGAGUGUGGAUGUGUGUGUGUGUGCGUGUGUGCGUGCGUAUGUGUCUAGAUUAGGGAGUUCAUGUCCAUGUUUUUUGUCGAUGGUUGUGACAUUCCAGCAGCAGCCACCACCUUUUCUAUUAU